AUGGCAGGUACGGGGAAGAAACGGCAGCGACCAGAAGGAGGAAGCUGGAGUGGGGGGCAACCACCGGACGGGCAGCGGCCGAACGGCGACGACGAUCACGAUAACGACGAUCGUGGCCGUCGUUGGAGCGGGGAGAGAGGACAAGGGGAUACCAUGGCGCCACAAGCACGGCGCGAAGCCGCCGCUGCCGGCAGCGGAGGCGUUCUUGGUGCCCACAGCCGCCGCGCAGGAGAAUACGGCGGUGGUAGUAGCCAGGGGCCGCUCGAGGGCAGCAGCCACAACGAUGGCAAGCGCCGCUGCAACACCGUCCCCUCCGACUGCGGCUGGUUCCACUAG